AUGGCUAUUUCGACUGCAUCUGCAUCUUCCUUCUUUACUUCCCCUAAUUUCUCCCUCAAUUUAAACUCAUCGUCAAAAUCAAGUUCAAACUCCGUCAACUUCCGAAGAGCUCCGAUUUCAGCUGCUUACGCCACCGCUGAGAAAACGGAGACUAUUAGAUCGUUCUGUAAUAAAACUCCUUCCUCAUUGUAUGAAGUGCUCGGAGUUCCAAUCGGAGCUGAUACACAGGAGGUGAAAGCUGCGUAUCGGAGAUUAGCGAGAGUUUUGCAUCCUGAUGUCGGAAGGAUUGACUCGUCGGCUGAUGAAUUCAUGAAAGUGCAUUCAGCUUAUGCUACGCUAACAGAUCCGGCGAAACGAGCGGAUUACGAUCGAACUCUGGUGCAGAGGCGCGCAGGUGUUUCUUCUCCGGUGAGUUUUUCCGGCGGAUACAGGAGUCGAAGAUGGGAGACGGACCAGUGCUGGUAG